UGUGUGGAUUCAUUCCGCUUUGAAUCUGGCAACGCAACGCAGCGCACCGGAUCUCCAGUAAUGCGAUUCCAAAGCAGCUUUCUAAACUCCAGAAGAGCGCUGCUUGAUCCGGAGGAACUUCUCCAACUUCGCUCCUCAUCUUCACUCCUCACUUGGUGACAAUUGCUGCUGGAUAUCAUUUCUCCCCUGUUUGAUUUUUGUCUUUAUUUUUUGGAAAGUUUUAUUUAUUUAUUUAAUUAUUUUUAUGCCAAAGUAGAGAUGAAUAACACCGGGUUCAACCAGACUGAGGGCGGGCUGUUCAACAAGACAGACGAGUUUUUCUGCUGCAACUUCUCCUCCGUGGUGACUGACAACGGCUUUGUGGCCGCAGCUCCGGACGAGAGGAGCCUCUUCAUCAUGAGGGUGGUCCAGAUAGCCGUCAUGUGCGUCCUCUCCCUCACCGUGGUGUUUGGCAUAUUCUUCCUGGGCUGCAACCUCCUCAUAAAGUCCGAGGGGAUGAUAAACUUUCUGGUGACGGACAGAAGACCCUCCAAAGAAGCGGAGGCGGUGAUUGUUGGAGCCUACUGAUGGAAGGGGACGUUGACAAGUCUUGGUGCUGGAUUCAGAUGGAGAGGGUGCGACGAUCAACAGCCCCGAAAACAAGGCCCUGUUUUUAUGUUUUGUACAGUUUAUAAAAACCUGAAAGGAGUGCUCUCUGUAAGGGCACACUGAUGGGGACUGAAGCGCACAGCUGCUCACCUUUAUUCAUGUGGCCUUUUUAAUGCCAACAGUCUCAGAGAGGUAAAGUGCGCUGAGAUCCUCUUUAGUUAAGUGUCCAAUCACGCACUGAGCUCAUUUAAUAAGUUGUAAAACAUCAGUCUGACGCGAAGGUUUUGCAUUUGCUGCUUUACAAACGCAAUGGGGAAUUAAAUGUUGAACGUUUUUGCUCUAUUUGGCAUACAAUGGGCAAGACUGGACAAAAAUAAAUGUGUACCAAUUCGCAGAAAUGAUGAAAGGCUGAAUAAAUUCCUUCUGUAAUUAAAACUCUUUUCCUCUUAAUUGAUAUUCUUUCACACAUCUUGCUUUGAGAGUUACAGUUCAGUUUCUGUUCAAUUAUCUUAAUAUAUCAGUUUUAAUGAACUCCUCACUUCUUUAGAGAAAAAGAAGUGAGGAGCCCCAUCCCCCAAGAAACAUUUUGUUUAAAAAGAAAACUACGUGUGGGAAUGUGGUUGACAACCGAAAGGGAAAAUACUUCCAUAUUAACACCUCUACUGAUUUCUAAAUGUCAUUAAAAAGUUAUUAGAAUCAAA